GACGCCGCCACCGCCGCCGCCGCCGCCUCGUCCCGGCUCCCGGCCCCUUCAUGCGCGGCGGACGACAUGCCCGUUUUGUAACCGGGGGCCCCUCCUCACGUCCCGCAUGUUCAGGACCAAACGCUCGGUGCUCCUUCGGAGGCUCUGGCGGAACCGUGCGCCCGGCGGCGGCGGCGAGGAGGAGGAGUUCCCCUUCCUUUUCUUUUCUUUCUUUUUUUUUUCUUCUUUCCCAUUUCUCAUGGCUCUGCCUUUAUUUUUCCUCUCUCCUUUUCCAAUUCCAGAGUCUCCCCCUCCGCCCUACUCCAGAUACCCGAUGGAUUUUCUCAAACCAACUGAUUGUCCAGACUCUGUGCCUUCCUCCACUGAAACAGGGGGAACUAAUUGUCUAGCCCCUGGGGGGCUUUCAGAUUCCCAAGUUCUUCAGGAGCCGGGGGAUCGGUCACACUGGUGCGUGGUGGCAUACUGGGAAGAGAAAACGCGCGUGGGUCGGCUGUACUCUGUCCAAGAGCCCUCCCUGGAUAUCUUCUAUGAUCUACCUCAGGGGAAUGGUUUCUGCCUCGGACAGCUCAACUCGGACAACAAAAGCCAACUGGUGCAGAAGGUCCGCAGCAAGAUCGGCUACGGCAUCCAACUCACCAAGGAAGUGGACGGCGUGUGGGUGUACAACCGCAGCAGUUACCCCAUCUUCAUCAAGUCGGCCACACUGGACAACCCCGACUCCAGGACGUUGCUGGUUCACAAAGUGUUCCCGGGUUUUUCCAUCAAGGCUUUUGACUACGAGAAGGCCUACAGCUUGCAGAGACCCAACGACCACGAGUUCAUGCAGCAGCCAUGGACCGGAUUUACUGUUCAGAUCAGCUUUGUGAAAGGCUGGGGCCAGUGCUACACGAGACAGUUUAUCAGCAGUUGCCCGUGCUGGUUGGAGGUUAUUUUUAAUAACCGAUGACUCGAGACAGAGUGGACUCAUGACAUUUAUACUACUUUGCUGCUAUUAUUUCCUUCUGAGUGCUUGCUUUUCAUGCAAACUUCUUGUUUUUGUUUUGUUUUGUUUGGUCCCCCCCCCGACCCGUUUUGAGAAAUAGCUUAUGGAAAGAUAUUUUUUGGGGUUUUUUUGUUUUUUUUCUUUUUUUUUUUGCCUUGGGGUAUUUUGAUAAAUAUAUCUAUUUUUUAAAAAAGUGUGAAUGACCAAUAACUCAGAAGGGUGAGAGAAGGGGGCUGAGGGUUUGGGGUGGGGUGGGAUGGAUCGCAUGCGAUAAUUAUUUCGCGCCGCUGAAAGGAUUAUCCCAUGUGAUCCGGUGGAUUCGGAAGCCACUCGCUCGAUGUUACAGCUCCUUCUCUUGGAUAAAAACAACAAGAUACCUGUAUUUUUUUACACACCACCUUCCCCUUGCCGCCGUGACGGUGACACCGAGCCCCCUUCCCCAGCGGUGCUACCCCCGCCGAAGGAUGGUGUGAAACCUUCCCAAUCAGGUCUUUUCCCCCCACCCCUUUUAAUUUUUAUUUUAUUUUGUUAUUUUUUUUCCUCUCGUCGCUGGGUUUUCACGUCUUGUCACUGUGUUCAUCCUUCCACUGCUUUGAUUAUUUUUCACCGUCGUGGGAUUUGGUGCACGGGGGGGGGAGGAAAAGGAACCGCGGAGAAUCCUCGUGCGUGGCCCGUGCUUCUUUAUCAUUUGAGCCGAGAUGUGAAGCAGCAGAAGCCUAAGCCUAAAAAAAAAAAUAUAUAAAACAAACCAGAAAAUAACAAAACAAAAGAAAAACAAAUGGGAAAAAACAAAAACAAAAGUGUUCACGAUAGUUGGUCUGUUGUAACCUGCUCCCAUCAGGUUAUCCCGGUACCAUCCUAUCUGGAAAUGCAGUUGUGCUUUCAUUUCUUCUUGAAUUCAUACACGAGUAUGAUACUUUUACACUGUUCUUAGCUCAAUGAGCAUGUUUAGACCUUAACAUAAGCUAUUUUUCUAAAUAUAAAAGGUUUAAAUGAACAAGAGAGCAUUCUCAUUGGAACUUUAGCAUCGUAGUGCUUUGGAAAUAAAACACACACAGAAAAAAAAAAAAAAGGACUCCUUAAAAAAAAAAAAAACAAACCCUGAGAUUUAUUAAAGAAAAAAAAUGUAUUUUAUGUUAUAUAUAAAUAUAUUAUUACUUGUAAAUAUAAAGACGUUUUAUAAGCAUCAUUAUUUAUGUAUUGUGCAAUGUGUAUAAACGAGAAAAAAAUAAGAAAGAUGCACUUUGCUUUAAUAUAAAUGCAAAUAACAAAUGCCAAAUUAAAAAAAAAAAAAAAAGAACACGAGAUUGGUGUUUUUUUCUAUGGGUGUUAUCAUCCAGAUGAAUGUUUUUUCUAAAGGAGUUUUAUGUUCCAUUAAAAAAAUAAAAACCUACACUUGA